ACGUGUCGCAGCAGCAACAGCAGCUGGAGCAGCAGCAACUGGAGCAGCAGCAGUAGUUCCUCAACUGGCCAACGGACCUCCGACCAGCAGCAACAGAUCAUACUGCCAAUUCUUCUGAUUAUUUUCUGCGUUUUUUGCCUUUUUUUUUUGCUUUUUUUUGGUUCGCUGGAGGCCUUGUGAAAAAGCCAAAGUAAACCAAAGUGCGCAAACAAUUUGAGUGGAGCUGCCGCAAGUGCAGAGUACCGAACUCGUUAGUGGUACAAAAAAGGAAAAACUAAAAAGAUACAGAGUGUCGAGCAGUGAGUGUUCAGUUUCAGUCCGAAGGCAAAAGGAUUAAAAGGCGAAACAACUUUUUGGCGCACAAAAGUAGGCAACGGCAGCACCAACUUUCUGGAUCCUCCUCGUCCGCCGCCAUCCAUCAGCUCGCCCACCGAGACACUGCCAAUUAAGGUUGCCACUGCGGCUGCCGCGCACAGUCACUGCCAAAAAACUAAGACUCCAGCCAGUAGCGAGUAAGUUCCCCAAGAAGCACUGCCACUGCGACUGCGACUGCCAUUGCCACUGCCUCUGCCCCUGCCCCUGCUUCUGCCAGCAGCAGCAACAACAAUAGACCAGCUUUGGCCCCAGCAGCGGCAGCAGCAAGAACAACGCCAGCUGCAACAACAACGUGUUGCUGCCACAAAACGCAGCGGCCGCAACGAGAGCGUCAUCUCUGCCCUUCGCACGCCUCUGCGGGCGCCCCACACUGAAGAUGCAGCCUGCCGGGAUCGCCAGGAUCGCCGGGAUCGCCAGGAUCGCAACCAACUCUGCCCGGGCUUGUCACCGGCAACGAUUCUAUGAGCCCAAUGCCGAAGUACGCUGGCAGCACUCCGAGCACUAAACCGGCUGAGUGGAGCCACUAGCACCCCGGAUCCGAACAGCGGAGGCACCAUCGGAGGAACUAUGAUAACGAGGCUCUACAACACCGAAGAGGAUCCCGCCUACUGCUCGUUCAUCUGGGGAUCCAAUCUCACCAGCAGCGCCGAGGUCCUGGCCGCCAAUGCCACGUCCAUCUUCAGCAGCGACCUGCGGGACGACUUCUAUCGGGAUGUGGAGGAUCCGCGGACGGAAUCGCUGAGGGAGUACUGCUACGGCCUGGUGCUGCCCAUCAUCUGCGCCAUGGGCAUCAUAGGCAACGUGCUCAACCUGAUUGUGCUCACCAGGCGCAACAUGCGUGGCACCGCCUACAUCUACAUGAGGGCCUACUCCACCGCCGCCCUGUUGGCCAUCGUGUUCGCCAUCCCCUUCGGCAUCCGCAUGCUGGUGCACAAGGAUCGGGGCCAGUGGGAGGAGUUCGGGCCCGCCUUCUACACCGCCCACUUGGAGCUUUAUUUGGGCAACGGCUGUCUGGGCGUCGGCGUGAUGAUGCUACUAGUGCUGACCAUCGAGCGCUACGUGUCCGUGUGCCACCCCGGAUUCGCCCGACCGGUGAUGGGACCUCCAGGCGUGGUGGUCUUCCUCACCUGCUUGGCCACGGUGAUCGUCUACCUGCCGAGCAUCUUCCGCGGCGAGCUGAUCAAGUGCAUCUUCGGCUCCAGCGACGUGUACGUGUACUUGCGGCGCGAUAACACGAUCUACCAGCAGACCAUCUUCUACCGCGUCUACAAGAUCAUGCUGGAGGUGAUCUUCAAGCUGGUGCCCACCCUGGUGAUCGGGGGCCUCAACAUGCGCAUCAUGAUGGUCUACCGGCGGACCUGCGAGCGCCGCAGGCAGAUGGUGCUGAGCCGCCCCCACGCCCACGGCUACAUGAAGGACGAUGACCCGCGCAAGUUCGCCGAGGAGCGGCGACUGUUCCUGCUGCUCGGCAGCACCUCGAUCUUGUUCCUCGUCUGCGUCUCGCCCAUGGCCAUUCUCCACAUGACGAUCGCCUCGGAGGUGUACCCCAGCUUCCCCUUCCAGGUGUUCCGGGCCAGCGCCAACCUGCUGGAGCUGAUCAACUACUCGCUGACCUUCUACAUCUACUGCCUGUUCAGCGAGGACUUCCGCAACACCCUGGUGCGGACCAUCAAGUGGCCCUGGCUCAAGGGCAAGUUCUGCCACCAGGCCGAGCACGAGCAUUUAAGUGUGCGCAAGAGGAACCCCGACUCCAGCCCGGCCCCAGACUCGGGUCCAGAUCGAGGUCGAGAUCCAGGUCCGUCUGGCAUCCUGAUGAGCCCUUUCGUCUGACGAAACUGUUUGAAUUGUCGCGUGAAUUGAGAUUGAUUGUUAAGUUAAUUAGUUGUAGUCGCACUACCUAUAGUUCUACUUUUAAUUCUAGUUAUAAUUCGAGGCCUAAGUUAUCUAGUUAUCUAGAGUUGUCUAGAGUAUCGACGCGAUUCGAGAGUCCCCGUCCUUGGUUGUCAGUCUGAAGGGGAAGUCCCGUCCCCGAACUCGAGCCCAAGGAACCCUGCCCCUGACCUUCUGAGCCCUUGCAGCACGCGUAGCUAUCUUAACUAAAUGUGUGUACCUAGUAUUAAAACAAAGCAAAGCAACCGAAACUGUCAGUGAUGUCUAUUUACCCAGCGCAACGAGGAGUCAGGAGUAGGUGCUUCGCAACCCACGGCCAAGCUAUGGAUUGCAUUGCAUCAACUAUCUAAGUGUAUAUCUUGCUAGAGAUGGAAUAGGAGCAGCGAAUUCCCGGCGGCACGGUCGUAACGAGUAGCGGUGUAGGUCGACUUUUCUAUUUUCGAGAGGAGUUUCAAGAGCGCAAGUAGGUUACUUUGGCAGCGACUUUGGUGAAUUCAACCCGGGACAAAUUCUGAAAGUAUAUCGGAGCGGUAUGUUGGUUAAUGGUACGUGUUGAGAUUCUCCUCGUUAAAUUCCGCGCAAUUUUAAGGAAUUUUUUAGGACGUAGGUUACGGUUUUACGAUAUUCUUUUCCAUUUGUAUUAGUUCUUCGGAAAAUGUUAAACCAUAUUUUAAAGCUGUUUCAAAAUAAUAGAAUACGUUAAAGAAAACUUACCAAAGACGAGGGUAUCCCAAAAAUAUAUACAAUAUUACCGAAUAUGUUAAUUAGUUUUAAAACAUAAAAGAUACUUUAUGUACGUUUAAAGCGGUAAAUUAUGAAUUUACAACAUUUUAAUUCAAAACGAUAGUCAUUUCUUCAAGGACCAAGGCCGUUACAGAAAAAGUUGCGUACUCGUCGGGACGCAAAGAAUAUCCAUGCAUUUGGAAGCCACUCAAAGGUGAAUAAUCGCAUUGAAUGAAAGUAGAUCCUUUUGUUUUCGUUUUCCAGAGCUCAGCUCAAAGCCAAGAGAGAAAUUAAUAUUUAGGAAAGUAGAUGAACGAAUUGAAAAAGCGAAAUGUCAGGCAACUUGAGGCAUUUAGGACACCAGAAACCCGGAAAUCAGAACAGGCAGCACGAAGGCAAAUUAGGAACAUCCAAAAAUAGAGUCAGAGCAGCGUGAACGAAGGCAGACGGAGUUUGAACAAGAAACCAUUCAAUACAGUGCAUAACUUACCAUUACAGAAUUCAAUAUCUGAUAUGAAAUUUUAAUUGGUGUCAAGUUAAAUAAAAAAUUUUAGGCUUGCCAA